AUGACCUACUUCAACUGGAUGAGCAGGAGUGUCCUCUGUGAGGACGAGGCCUUUAAGCUGAGACUGAAGAAAGAGAAUUGUGAAAAGUCACAGGUUAUGUGUUCAGACAGAUGGAACAAUACGAGCAAAGACUCGAGGGUGAGAAAACCCUCAAUCCCCGGCGCGGUCUACAGAUGUCCGAUCGCAAGGAAUCCAAACCGAACGUGCGAACAGCUCCAGUUGGGUAGCCCUGGUGGAGAACCUUGUGGAAGGACUUGUUUGGAAGAAAGAGACAAUCAGUGGUUGGGGGUCACUCUUUCCAGACAGCCAGGAGAAAAUGGAGCCAUCGUGACUUGUGGGCAUAGAUGGAAAAAUAUAUAUUAUGUGAAGAAUGAAAAUAAGCUCCCCUUGGGUGUUUGCUAUGGAAUGCCCUCUGAUUUGCGAACAGAAUUGAGUAAAAGAAUAGCUCCAUGUUAUCGAGAUCAUGUGAAAAAGUUUGGAGAACAUUUUGCAUCAUGUCAAGUUGGAAUAUCAAGUUUUUACACAGAGGAUUUAAUUGUGAUGGGAGCUCCAGGAUCAUCUUAUUGGACUGGCUCACUUUUUGUCUACAAUAUAACUACAAAUAAUUACAAGGCUUUUUUAGAUGAAGAAAAUCAAGUAAAAUUUGGAAGUUACUUAGGAUACUCAGUUGGAGCUGGUCAUUUUCGGAGCAAGCAUACUACUGAAGUCGUUGGCGGAGCCCCUCAACAUGAACAGAUUGGUAAAGCAUACAUAUUCAGCAUUGAAGCAAAAGAACUAAAUAUCUUACAUGAAAUGAAAGGUAAAAAGCUUGGCUCCUACUUUGGAGCUUCUGUCUGCGCCGUGGACCUCAACGCCGAUGGCCUGUCGGACCUGCUGGUGGGCGCGCCCAUGCAGAGCGUCGUCAGGGAGGAAGGCAGGGUGUUCGUGUACAUCAACUCGGGCUCGGGAGCAGUAAUGAAUGAAAUGGAAACAGAGCUCGUCGGAAGUGACAAAUACGCUGCAAGAUUUGGGGAAUCUAUAGUUAAUCUUGGUGACAUUGAUAACGAUGGCUUCGAAGAUGUUGCUAUUGGAGCUCCACAAGAAGAUGACUUGAGAGGUGCUAUUUAUAUUUACAAUGGCGGAGCAGAUGGGAUCUCAUCAGCCUUCUCACAGAGAAUUGAAGGGCUUCAAAUCAGCAAAUCCUUACGUAUGUUUGGACAGUCUAUCUCUGGGCAAAUUGAUGCAGAUAAUAAUGGAUAUGUAGAUGUAGCAGUUGGUGCUUUUCUAUCUGAUUCUGCUGUGUUGUUAAGGACCAGACCUGUAGUGAUUGUUGAAGCUUCUUUAAACCAUCCUGAGUCAGUAAAUAGAACAAAUUUUAACUGUACUGAAAAUGGAUUGCCUUCUGUGUGCAUGGAUCUAACGCUCUGUUUCUCAUACAAAGGCAAAGAGGUUCCAGGUUAUAUUGUUCUGUUUUAUAACAUGAGUUUGGAUGUGAACAGAAAGGCGGAGUCUCCACCGAGGUUCUACUUCUCUUCUAAUGGAACUUCUGAUGUGAUUACAGGAAGCAUGAAAGUAUUCAGCACAAAACCUGCCUGCAAAGCAUAUCAAGCAUUUAUGCGGAAAGACGUGCGAGACAUCCUCACCCCAAUUCAGAUCGUAGCCGCUUACCACCUUGGGCAAGAUACCAGCACUAAACAAAGCACAGGGGAAUUCCCACCACUUCAGCCAAUUCUUCAGCAGAAGAAAGAAAAAGACAUCAUUGAAAAAACGAUAAACUUUGCAAGGUUUUGUGCCCAUGAAAACUGUUCUGCUGAUUUACACGUUUCUGCAAAAAUUGGAUUUUCCAAGCCACACGAAAAUAAAACCUAUCUCCCUAUUGGAAGUAUGAAGACAGUAAUGCUGAAUGUGUCCUUAUUUAAUGCUGGAGAUGAUGCAUAUGACACAACUCUCCAUAUCAAACUACCCACUGGCCUUUACUUCAUUAAUAUUUUAGAUCUGGAAGAGAAGCAGAUAAAUUGUGAAGUAUCAGACAUAUCUGGCGUAGUAAAAAUUGACUGCAAUGUUGGUUAUAUAUAUGUAGCUCAUCUCUCAAGGGUAGACCUCAGCAUUCUCCUGGAUGUGAGCGAGAUCAGCAGAGCAGAGGAGGACCUCAACAUCACAGUGCACGCCUCCUGCGAAAACGAAGGGGAGAUGGACCAUCUGCAGCGUAACAAAGUGACUGUAGCAAUACCUCUGAAGUACGAAGUCAUGCUGGCUGUGUACGGGUUUGUAACCCCAAGUUCAUUUGUGUAUGGCUCAAAGGAGGACGAGCCUGAAAAGUGCAUGGCAGAGAAAAUGAACAUCACUUUCCAUGUUAUCAACACUGGCUAUAGCAUGGCUCCCAAUGUUAGUGUGGAAAUCAUGGUACCAAAUUCUUUUACCCCCCAAACUGAUAAGUUGUUCAACAUUUUGGAUGUCCAGACUAGUGCAGGAGAAUGCCAUUUUAAAAAUUAUCCAAGGAUGUGUACAUCAGAGCAGGAAAAAGGCACAAUGGAGGCUCUGAAAGACAUGUUUAAAUUCUUCUCGAAGUCUGAUAAGAGGCAACUGUACUGCAUAAAAGCCGAUCCACAUUGUUUAAAUUUCUUAUGCAAUUUGGGGAAAGUGGAAAAUGGAAAAGAAGCCAGUGUUCACAUUCAGUUGGAAGGGCGGCCAUCUAUCUUAGAAAUGGAUGACACUUCAGCACUCAGUUUUGAAAUAAGGGCAACAGCUUUUCCAGAGCCACAUCCAAAAGUUAUUGAAGUAAACAAGGAUGUCAAUGUUGGACAUGUUUGGCUCGAAGGACUACAUCAUCAAAUACCCAAACGUCAUUUGACUAUAGCAAUUAUUUCAAGUAGCUUGAUACUUGGACUUGCUUUACUUUUAUUGAUUUCAUGUGUUAUGUGGAAGGCUGGCUUCUUUAAAAGACAGUACAAAUCCAUCCUACAGGAAGAAAACAGAAGAGACAGUUGGAAUUACGUUAACAGUAAAAGCAAUGACGAUGAUUAAAGACUUCUUUCAAAUUGAGAGAACUAAGACUCAGGUAUAUAAUAAAGAUUUAAAACAUUGUUUACAAGAACCCAUGAACUUGGCUUUGCCCAGAGUUUUUCAUAUACUUCUUUUACUCAUUACCUUGUGACAUAUUAUGUCUUAAGGCAAAUGAAAAAUCCACACACUGACAUUCUUUAAGACAAUAUAAAACUGAAAGGUGAUAAUAUAUCCAAAUGUAUUCUUUCAGUUCUUAAAUGUAUAGAAAACACUAAAACACUCAAUUUAUUCAAGAUAUGUAAUCCCUGGAACAUCUUUGAGACUUGUUUGAAAUAUGUUCUUUAAAAAUAUUUAGCAGAAUUAUUUUCAAAGAGCUGUUUCCAAAUUUCCUAAUGAAUAAAAGACCAUUGUCAUUGUCAAGCAUAUUUUACCUUUAAGACCUUUACUUGUAAUAUAUUUCCUAUGGGCUUUGAUCAACAACCAUUCAGCAGUCUAUGAUUAUUAUGGGCCUGAAGAGCAAACUUCAAACUGAACUUAUAUACACUGGUUUGAGCUUAAUGGGAUGACUUCUGGGUAAAUAUUGUUUUUACAGCUAUGGAUUUCUUCUUUCUGUAUAUACCUAACUUUAAAAUAUAUAUAUAUAUGUUCAUAUAGGUAUAAAUCCAUGAUAUGAAUCCUCUCCUGUAACAUAAUUUUUUCAAGGGUAUCGGAGUAAAUUUUAAAAAUCCAUUAUUAGUCAAAUUUUUUGUUUACAAAACAACAGUACUUAAGAAUUUGCAUUUAUAUUCUGAAGCAGAUUGUGAAUGUUGCACUUUAGCUGGUAUUUGAAGUAUAAAUACACUGAUCUAUGUAAAAUAUGCAAACUGUACCUCACAAAUAAUUUUUAAAAAUCAAAGCUCUGCAAAAACAAUGAUUAGGGGACAGUAUUUCAUGCUGAUACUCUGUAAAAUAGUAACUGGAUGUUACUCUUUUCUAUUGAAAUGUAAAUGUUAAACAUCCUUCCAUCAGGUCUAUAAGAGCAAUCUCUUCUGCAUGGAAAUGGGGAAACAAAUUUCAGAAAUUUAACUAUAUAAAUUUAAAAAUACAGAUUUAGCUUAUAUCCAGUGAAUAUACAUUUUUUAUUGGUUGUCUUGAUUCUUUUUUAUAUAAUGAAAUAGUUUCUGGAUUUUAAAUAAUUUAUCUUUUAAUGCCUUUACAUUUACAACUAUAAACUUUUUAUAAUAUUUAUUCAUGCAUAUGAACUAGAUGCUGAUUGUAGAAUAUAAUUUCAUCUGAGCUGGGCUAAAUCUAUCUUUAUAUGUAUAAGAAGACUGUGGCCAAAUUUUGAAAAUCUGUUAAGGAUGUGAUCAAAUAGAUAAAUUAGAAUAGAUAAAUAUUUCUUUAUAGGAAGUCCCUGCCAACAGCUGUCUUCUGCAGACUGCCUAAUUCCUCUAAGUUAUCCAUCACAGGCCUGCAGUCUGUGAUUGGUGGAGAGUGAGAGAUACGUGGAGAUUUGUGAAACCCAAUCUCUAUGAGCACGAAACCUCCUGAACUCUGUGUGCCAAUAGAAUUUAAUUCCAUUUAUAAUAUUUGAAAGUUUUUUUGUGUUUUUUUUAGCAGAAGCUAUUUUUGGUUUUUCAUUAUAAAAAGCCAAGUAGUUCAGGAGAAUGUCUAGACUCAUUGGUGGAAAAUCAAACCCAAAUUUAGAAUUUCUUUCUCAAGGGUGAUCCCUGAGGGAAUUUAAAUUU